AUGGCUGCGCUCGGCUGCACCAGGCUGCGCUCGGCUAUGCUGGGGACGCGGGUGCUGGGCCUCGGCCUCCGCGCAGUGGGGGCCAGGGCCAAAGCCACGCUCCCCGCCUCUCUCCCCGAGGCUGAGACAGCUGCCGCUCCCGGAACCGGGCCUAGCGACCGGCAGCUGCGGAGCCCCGAGAAGCUUCCAGGGCCCGGGCAGCUGCGCUACUUGUUCCAGCUGUUGAUGCGAGGCUACGUGCUGCAUUUGCACCAGCUCCAGGUGCUGAACAAGGCCAAGUAUGGGCCAAUGUGGAUGACCCGUGUAGGGUCUCAAAGCCAUGUGAACCUGGCCAGUGCCCAACUCCUGGAAGAAGUGAUGCGGCAGGAAGGCAAAUACCCAAUGCGGAAUGACAUGGCACUAUGGAAGGAGCACCGGGACCAGCAGGGCCUGUCGUACGGGAUCUUCACCACGGAAGGGCACCAGUGGUACCACCUGCGUCAGGCUCUGAACCAGCGGAUGUUGAAGCCAGCAGAGGCUGCGCUGUAUACAGAUGUUCUGAACGAGGUGAUUGAUGACUUUCUGGUUCGGCUGGACCAGCUACUGGCAGAGAGUACCACAGGGGACCAUGUAUCCGACAUGGCCGACCUGUUCUACCACUUUGCUUUGGAAGCUAUUUGCUCCAUCCUGUUUGAAAAACGUGUUGGCUGCCUGGAGCCAUCUAUCCCCGAGGACACCUUGGCCUUCAUCAGAUCUGUCGGGCUCAUGUUCCAGAACUCUCUCUAUGCCACCUUCCUCCCCAAAUGGACCCGUUCCCUGCUGCCGUUCUGGAAGCGAUACCUGGACGGCUGGGACACCAUCUUCUCCUUCGGGAAGAAGCUGAUUGAUCAGAAACUGAAGGAGAUAGAAGCUCAACUGCAGGCAGGGGAGCCAGCUGAGGUCCAGGUAUCUGGCUACCUGCACUUGCUGCUGACCAGCGGACAACUCAGUUCUCAAGAGGCUAUAGGCAGCUUGCCUGAGCUGCUCAUGGCUGGAGUGGACACGACAUCCAACACACUGACAUGGGCCCUCUACCACCUGUCAAAGAAUCCAGCGGUCCAGGAGGCCUUACACAAGGAGGUGGUGGGUGUGGUGCCAGCCGGGCAGGUGCCUCAGUACAAAGACUUGGCUUGCAUGCCCCUGCUGAAAGCUGUGAUUAAGGAGACCCUGCGCCUUUAUCCUGUGGUCCCCACAAACUCACGAAUCAUCAUGGAAAAGGAAGUUGAAGUUGGUGGCUUCCUCUUCCCCAAGAAUACCCAGUUUGUGCUUUGCCACUAUGUGGUGUCCCGGGACCCCAGCACCUUCCCUGAGCCUGAGAGCUUCCAGCCCCAACGCUGGCUGAGGAAAAAGCAGCCUGAUGCCCUUGGGAUCCACCACCCAUUUGGCUCUGUGCCCUUUGGGUAUGGGGUCCGGUCUUGCCUGGGCCGCAGGAUUGCUGAGCUGGAGAUGUACCUGCUGCUGUCAAGGCUGAUCCAGCGGUACCAGGUGAUGCUGGCCCCUGAGAUGGGGGAGUUGAAUAGUGUAGCCCGCAUCGUCCUCGUUCCCAACAAGAAAGUGGGCCUGCGCUUCCUGCAGCGACAGUGCUGA